GUUUGUUUUGAUUGGUCUUGGAAUGGCUGCUAGGACUCAUCAAAAUGAGUCUGAGCCUGUGUCCAAGCUACAAAGUAGUUUUAAACAAUGAUCAAAUCAAUUUAUUAUUAACAACUACUUACUGACGGAAUCCAACGUAUGUUCACAAUUCAAUGACUCGGAUUUCAAAAGUUACUAUAUGGCGACUACGAGUGAAAGUAUGACUUUAUCCAAGCAACACGCCUGCAAAUCCAAUCCAAUCAAGUAUCAAAGUAAAAUAGGUGAUUCAAUCUAGGUGUAGAUUCUAGAGUGCAUAUUCAAUACUAAACCUGAUUUGCUCUCAAAUAGUGCAGUUUCCAAUAUUAAAUUGUCAAAUUACAAACUUGACGACUUUCGAACGUCAACUGAUGAAAUUCCUGGACGGAAUGUCCGAAACUGGUUCUGGUUUUGAGAAACUUCUCACAUAGAUGAUAUUUAUGUUCAGACAAAUAGCUUUGCUUCUUACAAUUGGUCUCAGAUUUUGAUGGAUUGUAAUAGUGACAUCAAAUUGAGUUUUUUUUGUCGUGAUGAUCCAUCAUUUGAAAUUGAUUGAACAAAGUUUGCUGAUUACGCAUCCUAAAAGACUCCCAUUAUCGUUGAUCUUUGUCGAUCACAAUGCAUUCAAUCCAGUUCUGUUGUUUACUCCUCUUAACUUGAUUUUUUAAACAAGAUUAUCCGAUAACUGUUAAAAUAUUUCAAUUUGCCUUUAUUUGUGAAACUACGGACUUACAUACAUAUUUGAAGUGAAUUGAUCCAUCAUUAAUCAUAAUAUUGGUUUUUGACGAUUCUUAGCUUUACGUUUUUUAUUUCUUAAAUUUCAAGGCACGGCUGCUUUAGCGUCUCACGAAUAAACAUCUCUCGUCAUGGACACGAGUGAUGAUAGUCCGAGUGACACCAUCAGUGUAGAUACUGGAGACGAGGGGUCCCCCCUCUAUCCAGGCACUAAUGUGUCCAGAAGAGAAACGUUCUCAGACUGUCCAAAUUUGCUCCUGGAGAGCAGUGUGGAUGACAACAGCAGCAGUGGGAAACUCAAUCUGAUUUACAUCACGUUUUUAUUGAUGGGCAUGGGCUCUCUCUUGCCAUACAACAUGUUCAUCAACGCCACUGAGUACUUCAACUACAAACUCAGAGACAUAUCUUCAAAUAGCACAACUACAGUCACCACUCAAUAUCGAGCUCUCUAUUCUGUCUCGGACUAUGGAGAUGACGACGACGAUGAUUAUGAGAGUAAAUUGCAGAAGCAGUUUGAGAGUUACUUCACCACAUUUUCUACCUCCUCGCUUCUCAUCAUGGUAUUAGGCACGACGCUCUUGGUGAAAUGCAUGGGCAGCUCCCUCCGCCUGAUUGGAUCCGUAGUUGGGGCCAUGCUGUGCUUCAUUCCCUCUCUCGUCAUGGUGAAACUGGACACGAAUGGCUGGCAGACUGAGUUCUUCGCAGCCACCAUCGCCAACAUAGUGGCCUUGAAUGUAGUGUCCGCCCUUCUUCAGAGUACAUCUAUGGGCAUAGCUGGAGUGAUAUCUCUGAAGUACACACAAGCUGCAAUGGCUGGACAGGCAUUUGCGGGCAUCUUCUCUGCAGUAGCACAGAUACUCUGCUUGGCCAUCUUCGAGGACACAGAAAACAGCGCACUUCUCUACUUUCUGGUGGCAGAGGCAUUUCUAGUCAUUCUUCUCGUUCUCUCAAUACUCCUAUUAAACCACCCUUCUUAUCUCUUAGCCCAGUCUAGGGUCACAACCCCAGAGGUUUCCAGAAGUGCAGACCAUUUCGCCUCCGUUUCAAUCAUGCUCGGAGAAACAUAUCACGUGUUCAAGAAGACAUUACCUUGUGGACUCUCGCUAGCUCUCGUGUUUCUUGUUACUCUGGUAAUCUUCCCGAAUUAUAUGGUGCAUAUAGAGCCCGAUAAAGGACGUUAUUGGUAUCCGGUGACAGUGUUUCUGUUGUACAACCUAUUUGACUUCGUUGGCCGAGUGGCGGCCGGUUUUAUCAAACUGCCUUCAAGAACUUCAUUCAUAGUUGCAUUGUCAAUUAUUAGAUGUAGUUUUUUGUUCAUCUAUUUGUUUACAAACUACCAGCCUCGAAACCACUAUUUUCCGGUUUGGUUCGAGAGCGAGUAUUUGGUGAUUUUGUUUAACAUACUGCUAGCCUUUUCAAAUGGGUAUCUAGCGUCGAUAUGUUUCAUGUACGGUGCUAGAUAUGUUGGACCCAGUGCUCACUUGCAGGAGCAAGCGGGGGCAGUGCUCACUUUCUUCCUGUCUUUAGGCCUCUGUUCUGGGUCCGCUCUUUCUUUUCUUUAUAUAGAAAUUCCGUAAUGUAAAUUUGUCCUUUCUUCUUAUAGCUCGUUAGUUAUGAACUAUCAACUUUGGACAGUCAAGCAUUCUUCAUACGAACCAUUUAUGGCAUUCAUAUAAUGAGUUGACAUUGCCAGUUCUUGACAUUACUAGUUCUGACAGUCUUGAAAGUUCGUUUUUUGCCGGUUAUUGGUUAGUGCCAAUCACACAUAACGUAGAGAGUUAUAAUGUCCAAAGUUAGUCAAAAUGCGAUGAAUUAUCCAAUAUUUCAAUGUACAAAUCAGCAUUUUAUUUUCUCAAUUACGGUAGUCAGUUUUAGAAUGAUGAUUUUAUUUUGAUUUCGAUUUCUCAGAGUUUUCUAUGUACACGUGCCUAUUGAUCAAGUGUAAAUGUUUCUUGUGAAAAUUUAAUAUUGUCCGUGA